UAGUGCGGGCCUCAACACGGAUGUUACCAACCAUAUUGUCUCAAUUAGGGUAUCAAUCAUGCAGAAAAAGAAGACGUUUUCGAUAACUUUUCAGAUAGCCAGAAUUCCACAUCUAUAUAUUUGCCCUUUGGGUUCUUAAACUAUUGAACGAGAAGUAGUUCUACUGUUUACUUUUUAGCAGUAGAACUGUCAACUCUACCUUAUUUACUAGUUAAUCUUUCUUUCCAAACUUUUGUUCUGGUAGUAUAAUGGACGGAAAGAAACUAGAAUACAAAGGCGAGGAAGCGUUAACCGAGCUUGAGAAGCUAACAAUGAAGCCUGGCGAAGUUCAAGAGAGAAUUUUGAGAGGGAUCUUAGAAAGAAAUGGAGAGACUGAGUAUUUGAACAAGUACAUGACCAAGGGAUCAAAAGAUGUCGGAGAAUUUAAGCGGUGCGUACCGGUUAUAAUGUAUAAUCGUAUCCGACCCUAUAUCCAAAGGAUCGCCAAUGGCGAAGACUCUUCCCUCAUUACCGGUCACCCCAUAACCGAGAUGUUAUGCAGUUCUGGCACUUCUGCUGGAGAGCCUAAGUUGAUGCCAUCAAUUGCUGAAGAUCUGGACCGUCGAACAUUUCUUUAUAACCUCAUCAUGCCCAUUAUUAACCAGUAUGUCCCCGGGCUUGAUGAGGGAAAGGCUAUGUAUCUCUACUUUGUGAAGGCAGAAAUGUCAACACCUAGUGGCUUACCCGCUAGAGCGGUGCUCACAAGCUACUACAAGAGCAAACACUUCAGGUGCCGAUCGCCAGACCCUUACAACAACUUCACCAGCCCUAAUCAGGCCAUCUUGUGCAUUGACAGCAACCAAAGCAUGUAUUGCCAGCUGCUAGCCGGUCUUAUCCACCGCCACCAGGUCUUGCGCCUUGGAGCAGUCUUCGCCUCGGCUUUUCUUCGUGCCAUCUCCUUCCUCGAGUGUAAUUGGGCCAACAUGUGCAACGACAUCCGAACCGGUCAUCUGGACACUACAAUCACAGACCCUGCUUGUCGAUCGGCCAUGUCGGCCCUACUUUUGUCGCCGAACCCACAUCUUGCAAGUGAGAUCGAGCGCAUUUGCGGCCGGCCGUCAUGGAAAGGGAUAGUGUGCCACCUUUGGCCUAGGGCCAAGUACAUCGAGGCAGUGGUCACGGGGUCCAUGGCACAGUACAUCCCGUCCCUCGAGUACUAUAGUGAUGCGAAGUUACCCUUGGUGUGUCCAAUGUAUGCUUCAUCCGAGUGUUAUUUUGGAGUGAAUUUGAAACCCUUAUGUGACCCUGCGGAUGUGGCAUUUACCCUUUUACCAAAUAUGGGUUAUUUCGAGUUCUUACCAUUGGGUGAUAAUGGGAAAUUUACACCGAUGGAGGUGGAUGAAGAAGACGAUCAGGUGCCCAAGGAUAAGCUUGUCGACUUGGUGGACGUUAGGCUUGGCUGUUACUAUGAGCUGGUGGUUACCACAUUUGCCGGAUUGUACCGAUAUCGCAUCGGUGACGUCCUCCAAGUGACUGGAUUCCACAACAAAGCCCCACAAUUCCGAUUCAUCUGCAGGAGAAACGUCGUACUCAGCAUCGACACCGACAAGACCAAUGAGGAAGAUCUACACAGGAGCAUUACAAAAGCAAAAAAACUGCUCGAACCCCACAAUGCCCUACUAGUGGAAUACACUAGCUAUGCCGACGCCUCGUCCUUACCAGGACACUACGUCAUCUUUUGGGAGAUCAAAGCUCCAUUUGCCAGUACUCCAGAUAACGAUUAUGCUACGGUGCUUCAAGAGUGUUGCGUUGCUGUGGAAGAAGAGCUGGACUACAUUUACCGGCGUUGCAGGGCCCACGACAAGUCGGUGGGGCCGCUGGAGAUACGUGUGGUCAAGCCGGGCACGUUUCAUGGGCUGAUGGACUUGUGCGUUGAUCAGGGCGGGUCAAUUAAUCAGUACAAGACCCCGAGGUGCAUCAAGUCUGAUGCUGCCCUGGAGCUGCUUAACUCUAAUGUGGAGGGCUGUUUUUUCAGUCCUAGGGAUCCUGCAUGGAAGCCUUGAAAUGUUUGGGAUACUGGGUAGGGUAUAAUAAGUUCAAGUGCUGGGUUUUUUUUUUCCCCAGUUUUGCAUCUUGUACUACUUUUGAGUUACUAUAAAUUCUGUUAUUUGGUUUCAA